GAGAGGGUUGCUUCACAUUGAUAACAUGUGCUGCUUAACGACGCUGCUGAUAGUUGCAGUCGCGACGAUUCUCGCGCCGGUCGCUGCGACGAAUCCCUUUCUCGAUGCCGCACAAGAGAUGUCCUGUUGCUCAAUGGCUGCUGGAUCCUGUCGGAAUGUCUGCUCCAAGAUAUCCUUGGUGGUUAUGGGUGCCGAUAUUGAAGCAAGGGAAAACGCCACGCAACGGCUGCUGGAGUUUUGUUCUAUGGAGUUGGUAAACUUUUGGACUUGUGUGAACUCGACGUUGAACAAUCUCACGAGAAACGAAGAUUGGAUCGGCCGAGGAUGCUGCCGUCUCGCGCAGAAUCCCAGGUGUCGCACGACCUGCGCCGUCUCGGGUUCCACGGAUGAUCUGAAUGGAGACUGCCGACCGAGCGACGAGCCCGAGUUUUUCUUCUGCCUGGAGAAGCGCGAGGAGGCCGAGCGAUGCUGCAGCACUGUCUCCAACGACACUUGCAGAACUAUCUGCAAGGAUAUCUUUUACAAGCCCGGCAAGCAGUCCAGUUUGAAAUUGUACAGCAGCAAGGGAUGCUUCCAUCAGAUUCCCAAAUGUCUGAAGAGCGUGGCCGAAGUUAAACACGCCGAAGAUCCGAAGCAACAUUUACAUUGUUGCAACGAAGCCACGACUCCGGCCUGUCUAGAGACAUGUCGCAAGACUCUACAUACCGCGACCACCGACCAGGAGAUCAUGGACGCCCUGACGGAGAAAUGCAGUCCCGUGUUGCCGCAGUCGCCGAUGUGGAGCUGCCUAUUGAAGUCGAGCUCGACGAAACCGGCGCGUGUGCCGUUGGAUGCUGGCAAGCUGGCGUGCUGCACGAAAGCUGCGAGAUCUUCCUGUCAAACUUUGUGCUGGCGUGCCUUUCAGGCUGACUGGGAAACCGCCUGGGCACAGUUGGACACGCAGUGUCUCUCGUCGAGCUCGGAGGGUGAGCUAAGAAGGUGCCUCGAGGACGCGGAUGAUCCCUGCGAGAUGGGCUGUUCCGGUUUGUCUUACUGCGCGCGGUUUAACGAUAGGUCCACCACUUUGUUCAGAACAUGCACGGCCACGGCCGACGAGGCAGCCAAGUGGGAGGCCGAUCAUUGGUCCAGAGGCGGCAUCAUUCGCGGCUUAAGCGUGCCCGUGCGCGCAGCUGCUUCUUGUCCGGUGAAGACUCUGCGCGCGGCGGCCUGCCUUCUGCAAUUGCGACCUUGCGAGACCAGAAUCCACGAGACGCGACUCUGCCGCGAAGAUUGCUUGGAACUGAUGGCAAGUUGUGUCGAUUGGAGCGCGAUCACCGGACCCCACACAGCGGCUACUCUGUGCGCUAAGCUGUCACCGGGCAGACCGGAUACGCCGUGCGUUUCAUUGAGGCCUUUCCUGGAUGAUCCGCCGGGGGUCGUGACACAUCCCGAAGAGGAUAUCACGACGCCGUGCAAGCGGAAUCCCUGUCCACAGGGCCAGAUCUGCGUGCUUCAGCCGAACGGCGCCAAGAUCUAUCGUUGUCUACCGGCUUGCUCCCUCGGCGAGAUGUCAAAGCAACUGGUCCCGGUCGGCUCCUGGGUCCAGAUCCCGCGGUAUGAUCAGCAGGGGUGCUUGAAGAUCUGCCAGUGCACGCUGCACGGUUUAGAGAAGUGUCGUGUGCUCAAUUGCUUCAAUUUCAAGUCCUGCUGGGUGCACAACCGUUUCAUCCAGCACAAGGAAAGCUUCUACCUCGAGUGCAAUCUCUGCCAUUGUUACGAGGGCGAGUUUACAUGCUCCAAGAGAAGCUGCGGCGAGCAGCGCGCGCUGUCCUUGCCCUGCGAUUGCCCGGCCCAUUACGUUCCGGUUUGCGGCAGAUUGGGCUUCACCUUCGCGUCCGCUUGUCUGGCGAAGUGCGCCGAGCUGUCGGCGACCGAGGUGGAGUUCGGCAGCUGCUCCAGUCGCGAUCCCUGCGUGCCGCAUCCCUGCGACAGCGCGGAAAAGUGUGUCCGCAGGCCCAGAGUCUGCUUGUCGCGCUUGCACAAGCCUUGCCGGCAGUACGAGUGCGUGCCAAUAGACUGCAGUCCGCGCGAGGAGUCCAGCGGACCGGUUUGCGACCGGGAGAAUCGUCAGUAUGCCUCCGUCUGCGCUAUGAUCCGAGCCGGGGCCAGCUUGAACUACAGGGGACCUUGUCUGAAGGGGUGCAGUCUACGAGGUCCGGUGUGCGGCAUCAACGGCGAGGUCUACGAUAACGAAUGCGCGGCCUGGGCCGAAAGGACCGUCGUGGAUUACAAAGGUCCUUGCGUCGCCGUGGGCCUCAUAGAGGAACAGGCAAAACCUAGCUGCGGCGAUGCUGUUCAGUGUCCUGCCUUGGUGGAACCGUACUGCAUCGGAGUCACUCCUCCAGGCGCCUGUUGUCCCGUUUGCGCAGGAGCGGCGAGAUUGUUUUAUUCGAAGAAACAGUUGGACAGAAUCUAUUAUAUGAUGGAUGAGGAAGCCGACAAGGAUUCCGUCACCUUAGAAACUCUUCUGGUCGCUCUAGGUCGUCAAUUGCAAGUGGCACAAUGCGCUGUUCGCGGCAUGAUAACGCCUGAUCGCGAUGUUUUCAUCGUCGUUCAGCCGAUUACUAAAAAGCCAUCGGCGUUGCAACUGCGAGCUUGCGUGACAGAGACGGAGAAGCUCGUGAUCAGGAUUUCGGAGAGGAGUCCCAGAAUCGUGGCGGAGGUUCCGCUUGGUUCGCUGACGAGGGCUGAAGUGGCUCAUGGUUAUGUUUCUAGUGCCAUGGAAAUUCGAGCUUGUCUCACGACGCUUAUCAUUACUAUCUGCGUGCUAACUUCAUGAAUACACUUACAUCAAGAGGAAAAUGAGAUACAUCGCUUAUCUUGUCCAGUACGAUUCUGAAAUAUUUUAACUGAUCGCGUGGAAGUAUCCGAAUUCAUUAUUAUGAAUUCGAAUCGAAAAUUACAGUCCUAAGCGAUGAAUCUCGUUUUCUUUUCCGUUCGUGGUGCCGCAAGCAUUUCUUUACCUAAUCGCGACGCCAUUCGCGACGGCGAAUGUCUACAGCGUGUCUCAUGUCUGUGAUUUUUCUAGUGCCUUCUAAUAGCAUACAGCAGCAUAGGAUGUAUUUUUAGUUAUCGAUUAAUAUUGCCAAAGAGAAAAAAAAAAAGAAUAUAUAUCGAGAGCGAAUGUACAAAAGAUGUAGGAUUCAUCACGUGCAAAAAUGUCACGGGUAAUCGAGAACUGCUCAUUGUAAGUUGUAAAUAAGAAGAGUCCUUAAAUUUAAGUUAUAUCAGUUCAUCCACGUAUUGAUCGACGUAUCGGUAUAUUGUGUGUUCGCAUAUGUGACUUUUACACAGCGUGUCUUGAAAAAAAAACCCAAUAAGUUUAAGAUAAUUUCGUUACUGAAUUUUCCGUUAAAAGAUAAUCAAAACUAUCAAAAACUCUUUAUAAAUUGAAUAUUUUUCUGGCACACGCUGUGUAGGUACGGUUUUACGCUGCUGAGUGUUCCAAAUCUUCAUAUUUUACAUGACGAAUAAAUAAACUGAAAGAACCCAUUAAAAGAAAAUGCGGGUGUUUGCAUAUUAUUUGUAAAUCUGUGAAAUUUGGAUCGCCCGCAGUGGUUCGUGCCAAUGAUAUGGAUAAUGCUCCCAUAAUCGUUAAGUAUUUUGUUAUUGUACUGUUAAAUAUAAACAAAUACCAACUCUU